AUGAGCUUCUUAUCCCUGCUGUUCCUGGUGUUCUUUGCACCCUUCCUGCUACUCCUAGGCUUCUCGAGAUUCAUUGCACCUCGUCUUCGGUCUCAUUUCUCAGCAUCACCUGCUGGACCGGGACUUGACUCAUAUGGGAGACACUACCUCCGCUCAAUGGUCAACACUGGGUCCGCCAUGUCCGAGCAGAUCGAGCUGCAAAAUAUGUUGGACGGUUCGGAUCACGAGGAGUGA